AUGGCUGAGAACUACUACGUUCCUGUUGACGGCAUGCAGGGGAUGAACGUGGGGUACGAGCAGAAGCUCAACUUGCAGACCUCCGAGAUGAUCGAGACCUACCAGCCCAACGAUGUCAUCACCAAUGAUCCCAUCCCUGGGCUGGCAGUGGAUGAACUGCAGGAGAACAGCCAGCAAUUCCAGCAAAUUCAGAUUCUAAGGAACCCAAACCCGCAAGGGAGUAGUGGAAUUGGUAUUCAAUUCUCCAAGUUGCAAAGCGGGCCGUUCUAUGUUACUGGCGUCGUGCCCGGGAGCAACGCCGAGAAGUGUGGAAUGAUCCAACCUGGACACCUGAUUCAUGAAAUCAAUGGGCAGAAUGUGUACAGUCUGUGGGCAAACGACUUGACCUCCAUGAUCAUCGGACAACCUGGCACUCCCGUGAUUCUUUCUAUCUCGACGUUGCCGCAGGAUCAAUCAGUGCCAUUCCAGGCAGUGCCCGCGCCUGUCAUGCAGCAGCAGCCCGUUCCUGUCAUGCAGCAGCAGCCCGCACCUGUCAUGCAGCAGCAGCCCGCACCUGUCAUGCAGCAGCAGCCCACACCUGUCAUGCAGCAGCAGCCCGCGCCUGUCAUGCAGCAGCAGCCCGCGCCUGUCAUGCAGCAGCAGCCCGCGCCUGUCAUGCAGCAGCAGCCCGCGCCUGUCAUGCAGCAGACUGGAUCGAAGGAAAUUCCGAGGAAAGAAGUGAUGAUCCAACGAAAUGCUCUUCCGCCAUCAGCAGCUGCAAACAGCAGAUCGGGCAUUGGUCUCAUGUUCUGGAAGAGUGUGCACCCUGGGCCGUAUACCAUUUCUGGUGUAACUCCUGACGGAACCGCUGCUUCUAGCGGGCUGGUGAAGGCAGGAGAUUUGUUGCACGCAGUAGAUGCACAAGACGUUUACCCGUUAGCACCAGAGCAAGUCACAGCGCUGAUCCUCGGCACACCAGGAACGAUGGUGAAGUUGGUGAUCUCUAGCCCAAGUGAGCUGGUCGCCCCUGAGUUGCCUCCCAACCAGGGACUGGAGCAAUUUGUCUUGAUGAGAGAUGAAUCGGGAAAGGGACCGGCAUCCAGAGUGAACCUUCAAGUUGGAGACUAUAUCCAUGCCAUCAAUCAAUUCAGCCUCUAUGACAAGGAUGUCAACGAAGUGAAUGCUCUGCUGAAUGGGAUGCCACACUCCGUUGUUUCAGUGUGGAAGCAGACUUUCAAAGCCAGUAUGCAAGCGUCAGAACAACUUCCUGCAGAGUAUGAAGCCAGAAGUACAUCGGCUGGUCUCCUGCUGACAGUUGGUUAUGCAGGAUGA